AUGUCGGUUUUCGCGCCGCUUUUCGAGCCACGAAGGAGUGCUCGCCUUUUGCAGCCAGUGAAGAAGGGCCCGGUGAAGAAGGGGCAGCAGUCGCCUAGGGCGCUGAGAUUCCUUAAGAGGCAGCAGCUGCAGGUGCAGGUGGAGGGGGGGAGGAGAGCAACGUCGACCAAGAGGAAGAAGGUCCUUGACGAUGUUGCAGAUGAUGACAAGCUGUUCCAGCAGCCGGCAGCAAAGCGAAGAAAGGGUCGGGAGAGCGAUACUCCACCUCCCCCACCGCCGCCGCCGCCGCCCACCGAGAAGCCUCAGCCUAUAGUGGUCGACGUCGACAUCAACGUCGACAGAGAACAGCCUGCAGCAUCGUCGUCGAAGACGACACUCGAACCUGCUCCCACGCCGACGACAUCGACGACACCACCCGCCACGACUUCCAACCCACUUCCUAUCCAAUUCAUCAUCGAGAAACCUUUCGCACGCAGCUAUCACACCGCUAUCACUUUCGACAAGAAAGACGACGACGAAAUGCAAGUCGAAGCAGACGCUGAGGACGACUCCGAGUCGGACGACGACGAUGAUGACGAUGAAUGGCUCAUCCCCCACUCACGCAAAAAGACAGAGCUGGAUAUCUGGCGGUUUGCAUGCAGGCGACGAGUCGACCAUAUUACGCACCAAUACACUCCCAGCAUCAUCCGGGACUUCGUCAGCCAGGAUGCUCGACGGCAUCACACACCACGGGAUGAAGAAGAUUACCUAACAGAGGAGAUAUUUGACUGGGAGCUCGACUCGGAGUCGGAUUCUGAGGACGAGCCCCCGCUUAUCACGUUUGCUCUGACCUCUCCGCCUGCCUCGCCUCUCGACCCGCCCCAGCAAUUACUGCCCCUCCCACCGCCCCGCCUCUCCACCAUAACGCUCCCUGAACUCGUUGCUCAGUAUGGCUUUGCAGAGAGCACACCCCCGCCGACACCCUCCCUGUGUACCCGGAUUGGAAAAGGAACCCCCAUUGACCCAGCUCGUCGAGCAGCAUGGGCACAGACACCCAUACAACCCCCACCUCACUCUCCAACACCCGAGCUCGACCCGAGAAUGUGGGAUGAGUUUUUGGAAAAAAUUAACAGGGAGCCGUUUGACGCUGGAAUGAACGGAGUGGAGAGCUUCACGAACAUGUUAUUUGAAGGUGAAACAGGAUUUUAG